AUGGAGGCCUUCGCCAGACUCCAGAAGAGCAGCGACAUGGAGCAUCAGAGGAGCAAAUACCCUCCGCAACACGCAGCCACGCUGGUCAACACCAACUGCGCACGCCAGCAGGCCCGGACUCCGCGCGGCGCUGCGGGGUUGCAACAGCAGUCUCUGGGCGAGCAGGUAGGAGGGCGAGUGUGUUACGCAUCCGCCGAGAGUUUGGAAAGCAUGGCGGACGCUGAGAUUCCGCUGGGCUUCAGUCGCUCAAACAUCCUCAGGCAGAGUCUUCCACUCGCACGAUCGCCCAGCCAGGCCAAACUACGAGCACCAGCGGUUUUGUUUUUGCAGUUUGGUGACGAGACGCGGCGGGUUCACAUCACCCACGAGCUGACCAGCAUGGAGACGCUCCACGCCCUCAUCGUCCACAUGUUUCCUCAAAAACUGACGAUGGGUGCGCUGCGUUCACCCGGCACGGCUCUACUUAUUAAAGACGAGGCACGCAACAUCUUCUAUGAGCUGGAAGACCCUCGUGACAUCCACGACCGCUGUCUCAUCAAGAUCUACUGCAGAGAGGCUCCGAUACGAGACACACACUACAGCGCACAACACACAGCACACCCCGUACACCACGGACACAUCGCUAAUGGGGACCUGCGGAGAGAGCUGGUUUACACCUCCAGGGAAUCAUCUCCCACGCGCCGCUUAAACACACUCCCGUCUUCUUCUCCUCCGUCUGGUUCUCCAUCGCGCUCACAAUCCCGUCUUUCUUACACCGGUGGACGCCCAUCCUCUUACGCCGGUCCCCAUCAGUCCCCUCAGCUCCACGCCUACCAGCACCAUGGCCACCCUGGAGGACACGCCCCUCAGCAGACAGGCCACACCCACCCUGGGUUUUGCCCCUCCCCAAGUGCCAUUCUAGAACGCCGUGACGUAAAACCAGACGAGGAGAUUUCAUCGUCAUCAAAAAGUGUGGUGUUGCUAAAAAACGAAGCGAUAUAUGCGGAUCCGUAUGCUCUGGUUCAGGAUCCGCGGCUCAGUGUGGCUUCUCCGCAAGCUUUAGCUUACCGUCGGGGAUCUGUACGCUCUAUCGCUGGCUAUCCUGCCGCAGCUUUACAAUGUGAGCUGGAGGGUGCUCUCUAUAGGCCUGGAAGUGCAAUAUACGCAGAUCCGUAUGCUACGAUGGGUUUCCGUACCCUACCUCCUGCCUCACCUCAGAAACUGUCAGAUGGCAGGGAUCCGUAUGGGAGUCAUCCUGGACGAGGGUCUCCUGGUAGACAUGGGUUUCGGAAAGAUGGCACUGUGUAUAUUGAGAGCCCUAAAAAUCGCCCAGGAGGACCUCCGCUGGAGCAGAUUUGCAUGCUAGGUGGCCCAGGAGGAGAUGGAGGACCGUUACCGGUGUAUGGUUCAACUUUACCUGGUAAUGAAGAGACCAGAGAGCGCAUGGAGGCCAUGGAGAAGCAGAUUGCCAGUCUAACCGGACUGGUUCAGAGUGUUUUAACCCGUGGACCAGACAGCCCUGAAAAGGCAGAAACGGCAAGUGACUGCUCUGCACCAGAGACUGGAAGGUUUAGAAAGCAAAAAGUGUCUUCACCGUCUGCACCUCUGGCCCUGAUGCCUCCGCCUCCCUCCGCAGUCUCUCAGCCAAUAGCGAUGUCCCGUUCACAGAUGCAGCUGCACCUUGCAGACCUGCAGCAGCACACGGCUGAGCUGCGCAAACAGCUCACACAGCUUCGACAGCUACAGUUGCAGAAUCAGGAUUCAGUCCAGGCAUUACUGAGGCAAACCGAGUCAGAUUUGGGGAUGUGUCUGAUUGAAGCGUCCCGAACACAAGAGGAUCCAUUACAGCGCCAGCGUCUGCUUGUUGAAGAAGAGCGACUUCGCUAUCUGAAUGAAGAAGAGCUGAUUAUACAACAGCUACAUGAUCUGGAGCGCUCUGUGGAGGAGAUGAGGACGGGUGCAGGACUCAACCAUCAUCUGGUGACCGAACAGGAGAUCGAGCAGAAGAGUCUGGAGCUCAGGAGGCUGGGAGAAACAGUCACUGACCUCAAGAAUCAGUUCCCCACUCUGCAGAGUAAGAUGCGAGUGGUGUUGAGGGUGGAGGUGGAAGCAGUGAAGUUUCUGAAAGAAGAGCCGCUCAGACUGGAGGCUCUGCUGAAACGCUGCAGAAACAUCACCAACACACUCACUCUACUACGAAGGCAGGUAUCAGAGGGUGUUUGGAGGACUCCCGAUGACUUCAGUAGCUCAGUUUCCAGCUCGAGUGACGUGGACUUCAGCAGGAGCUCUGAUCUGGAUAUUCUCACCAGCCCGUCUCUCAAUCUGCCCGACAUAGCAGGCGCUUUAUCAGGCACCGCCACACUUUCUUCCUCCCUGGGCACUAAUACUGCAAAUCCUGCUCUGACGAGUACCUCUAGUAUAGGAGUCACCACAAGUCUAUCAAAUGUGCUUGGUGCCAGUUUGAGCAGCGGUGGGAUUCCUGGCAGCACCACUCUGGGAAACUGGCUGGCAGGAGCUGGAGCCGCAGAUCCCAUCAUGCCUGAACUGGACGCCUCUGCAGGCCUGAUGAAGAGCAGUGGUCUGGAAGAUCUGCCUGCACGCAGAGAAUCUGACAAAGGAGUGUCCAUGGACGUCCGACUGGCUGCGGAGCGAGACUGGGAGGAGAAGAGAGCCAGUCUGACUCAGUUCAGUGCUCAGGACAUCAACCGUCUGCUGGAGGAAACUCAAGCCGAGCUCAUGAAGGCCAUUCCAGAUCUGGACUUUGCCGCAAAGCAGAUCACCAAACCGGCUGUACCGCCUAAACCACAGCUGUCCUCCCUGCCAGCACCCGGCUCUGCAUCCUCCACCCCCAGCCUAACACCUGAACACCAGCCCAGCAAAACCCCUCCAAAACCACCCAGCAAAGACGGCAUUCCCCGCAGGGGGUCAGGGGAAUUGACGGUUCAACGGUAUCGUACAGAGAAGCCGUCCAAAUCUCCUCCCCCUCCUCCUCCCCGGCGAAGUUUCCCAUCAGGCCUUGGGCUCACAACCAACAGCAGUGGAGAAGUUAUCACCAUAAACAAGAGCGUGAAGAGCAAGCUGGAGAAGUUUGAGAACAGAGAAGAAGCUGAAGUCCCGACUCAAUCCCAGACGCCCCCCGUCAAACUAAGACGACCUUCGACUUCCGACGGGCCACGGCCUUCAUCCACACCUCCAGUCAUCGCCGCUUCUGGGAUGAAGGAGGACGAGGAUGAGGAGGAGAAGAUAAAGGCAGAGCUGGAGCCUGUAGGCACUCCUCCGGGCUCGGCAAAACUGGCACAAGCAUCUGCCGCGUCCCGCCUGCGACACCUCCAGCAGAGCAGCCUGGAGCGCCGCAGUCGAAAACAGCAGGAGGAUUUCCCCAAACUGCAGCCGGGCCAGCAGCAGGUAUUCCACUUCUAGCUCUCGCUGCGGCCUGCGGACUCCACCGCUCAUCUAAAAGGCACCCGGUCACAAGUGCAAAAAAAAAAAUCAUCCGUCGGAUUCGCUCGCAACAAUGCACGCACUUCCAGAUAAAGCUGCUAUGUUUC